ACCCCAGCAUCCGGGCCGCGGCUCACCGAUCACCACCCCGUCGCGCACCGAGCAUCGAGACAGCGAGAUCGAUAACCCAGCCACUCAUCUCGAAACGCAGUCCGACACAGUCGCCGGAGACUUAGGCAAAACGCAGUGCACGCCAAACCGAUCCGUCUACUCGUACCUAUUUUGUACACGCUUUAUACUUUUAUACGCGCGUCGGGCCUGACGCUGGGCUCGAGAAAUGUGCUCGUCUGAUUGUGAAUGUUCUCGGCGACUUUUGGAGCAGGUUUGAUCGGACAGGAAGGACGUGCGGGUCGACGGUUGAAGAGUGAGGGCGGCUCGGGGCGGAGGAUGAGGCGGAGGUUUUCUCGGUCGGGGCAGGAUGCGAGAUGAAGCGGCAGAACGUGAGAACUCUCUCGCUGGUCGUCUGCACGUUCACCUACCUCCUCGUCGGAGCGGCCGUUUUCGACGCUCUCGAGUCGGACACCGAACGCAAGCGCUGGGAUUUCCUCCAAGACAUGCGUGAUGGGUUGAUGAAAAAAUAUAACAUAUCAAUGGAAGACUACCGCAUGUUGGAGAUCGUUAUGAUCGAGAACAAACCGUACAAGGCUGGACCGCAAUGGAAAUUUGCGGGUGCCUUUUACUUCGCCACUGUCGUCUUGGCGAUGAUUGGUUAUGGGCACUCGACCCCCGUGACGAUAGGCGGGAAGGCGUUUUGCAUGGCGUACGCGAUGGUGGGGAUCCCGCUGGGCCUGGUCAUGUUCCAGUCGAUCGGUGAGCGGCUCAACAAGUUUGCCUCUGUGGUGAUCCGCCAUUUCAAGAUCUACAUGGGCUGCCACAAGGUCGAGGCCACGGAGAUCAACCUCAUGUUCGCCACCGGGUUCCUCUCCUUCGUCAUCACCACCACGGGGGCCGCCGUCUUCUCCCGCUACGAGGGCUGGAGCUACUUCGACAGCUUCUACUACUGCUUCGUCACGCUCACCACCAUCGGCUUCGGCGACUACGUCGCGCUCCAGAACGACCAAGCCCUGACGAACAAGCCGGGGUACGUGGCGCUAAGUUUGGUGUUCAUUCUCUUCGGCCUGGCGGUGGUAGCCGCCUCGAUCAACCUGCUUGUUCUGCGAUUCAUGACGAUGAACGCGGAGGACCGGCGGGAAGACGAGCUGCACGAGUCGCUGCACCCUCUGACGCUGGACGGGGACGUGGCGACGCUGAGCGGGCGCAUGCUCAUCGGGCACCAGUCGGGCGACAGCGACCAAGCGUCCAUCUGCUCGUGCACCUGCCUCGGGGCCGGCCACUGCAGCGCCCACCAUUUCAUCACCGAUCCUGCCUACACUCUCGCCCUCAACGCUGCCAAAAGGGCGUCCGUGUAAACCACCCCGACGCACACUGAAUCGAGUCAGUAGGAGAAGUCGGACAAAAUUCGGAAACUAUAAAUGCUAAUACUCCCCUCCCACGGUGGAUCGAGUCAAUGGGAGAGGUCGAACAAACUUUGCGGAAACUUAAAAAG